AUGUGGGAAGCGCGCGACGUGAGCGAGACGGAAAUCCUCCUGUGCAAGGCACCUGGUCGCGAUGUGGACAAUAUCGCCGUCGUGGAAUACGACCGAGUCAAGGAUAUCAUAUCCAGAUACUUCAGGUGCGGCAUCGCCGAGAGAACUGUUAGAGGCAAGUGA